AUUAAAUCAUUGUUACCUGGUCUGAAUGGAGAGUCCAAUGACAACAGCUGAUUGAUUUCAAAAUUGCUUGUGGACAUCACUUCCAAAUAAGUAAAUAUUGUAUCAAGCACAAUGAAUGGAAGAACUUGCAAUAUGAACCACAGGACAGGUGGAUCAUGCCAAGGACCUGGGAUGAUCAGUGGGCAGCAGAUCCCUCCCAUCAGAGUACACGCAGGAACUCCAUGUCCAUCGUCCAAUAGUGCCACUCCAAGUCCAGCUAAUGGAAAUCUUUUCUUGAAAAUGUCGAUUAUUGGUGGAGUUGCUCCUCAAAGCAAUGAGAGCACAAUUCACUUACCUGCCUUAAGUCCUAGGAGGCAAGUCAUUACCAAUGGGAAACCUUUAUUCCAAGUGCCUCAACCUCCAUCACUUCAACCGUCCUCUUCAUGUAAACCAAAACAGCAGGAAUUUGGAUCUCCAUUUCCCGCAAACGGUUUCAAAGGGACUCUUGGCUGUGGGUUACAAGCCAAAACUGCAGGAAAAAGUAGCUGCAACAAUCUCAUGGUCACCAGCAGCCCCAUGAUGGUUCAGCGAUUGGGACCAAUUUCACCUCCAGCUAGCCAGGCGGCAACAGCAUGCAACCAGAUCUGCCCCAGUUUACAGAGGACUCUGAAUCUGCAACACUUAGCUAUACCUCCAUCCGAUACCAGGUCUCUAAUGUCUAGGGAGUCACUUGCAUCUACCACCUUAAGCUUGACGGAGAGUCACUCAACAAUGAGUGUUAAACAAGAGUGGUCUCAUGGCUACCGCAUUGUUCCCUCGAAUCACAGUUCACAUAACAGUAGUGAGCCAGGAGACAUCCUUAGCAUUCCACCAGGAACAUCAAUGUCUAACAAUAGUGUCACAAGCUCAUUGCCCUCUUAUCUUUUUGGCAUGGAGAACAACUCUUCACCAUAUCCUAGUCCCCGCCAUUCUUCAACAAGAACACAUUCAGCACGGUCAAAGAAGAGAGCGCUGUCCUUGUCUCCAUUAUCUGAUGGCAUUGGAAUUGACUUUAAUUCAAUCAUUCGAACUUCUCCAACUUCACUGGUUGCCUACAUCAAUGGAUCUAGAGCUUCUCCUGCCAACAUGUCUCCACAGCCAGAAGUAUACGGACACUUCCUCGGAGUCAGAGGUAGCUGUAUUCCACCAUCAUAUGCUGGCUCCAACUCCCAGAGAAGUCUUCUGGCAAUUAACGAUAAUUCUAUCCAUGAGAGCUUGAAUGUAGAAUAUCAACGCAUGCAGCAAUUGGAACAAAACAGCUUGCAGCCAGAGGCCAUGAACAACAUGGUGGUUAGACAAGGUGUUGGUCUUACUGAAAGACAAACAAUGGGAGUCUUAAAAAGUGAAAGAGUGGAUGACUUUACAGAUGGCACAAUUGACAUAACACCUCAGGCUUCUCUUCCUUUACCUUCUCCUCAUCAAGGGCCUCCACCACCUUAUCAUGCACACCAACAUAUGCACCAACAUGACCUUUUAAGCCAGUCCCAUCAAAUUUCUCUACCACCUUCAGGCCAGAUGCCUAUGCUUGAAGAAGAAGGUGAGAUUGACGAUUUUAAUGGUAAACACUGUUGUCGAUGGAUUGACUGCAGUGCUCUGUACGAUCAGCAAGAAGAACUAGUACGGCAUAUUGAGAAAAUCCACAUAGAUCAGAGGAAAGGAGAGGAUUUUGCAUGUUUUUGGGCAGGUUGCCCACGAAGAUACAAACCAUUUAAUGCUCGAUAUAAGCUGCUCAUUCACAUGAGGGUCCACUCAGGGGAGAAGCCAAACAAGUGUACGUUUGAAGGCUGCAAAAAAGCAUUUUCAAGGCUAGAAAAUCUAAAGAUCCACUUACGGAGUCACACAGGAGAAAAACCGUACCUGUGCCAGCAUCCUGGCUGUCAAAAGGCUUUCAGCAACUCGAGUGAUCGAGCCAAACAUCAGAGAACGCACCUGGAUACUAAACCUUACGCAUGUCAGAUUCCAGGAUGCAGUAAAAGAUACACUGAUCCAAGCUCGUUAAGAAAGCAUGUUAAAGCCCAUUCCUCCAAAGAUCAACAGGCCAGAAAAAAGUUACGAUCAAGGACAGAACUUGACCAAGAGAUCCUUAGUGACUGUCUCACCAUUCAACCUCUGCAGCCAGCAACAUCACCGCAGGAUCCUACAGAGAGUGCCCUUGGAAGGUCUCCUGUCCCUGUGCAUGAUGUAUACCCAGGUACUAUGUUCUCCAGUAGCCAUUCAAGUAGAAGUGGAACAGCUGGUGCGAGUGUACCCCAAGUUCUCCCUCCAAACCACCCAUCACCAGCCAGUAAUAUGCAAGGCAGCCCACAUAAUGCACCAUCGCAGAUACCUCCUCUUACACCAAUGGAUCCUGGCUCUGAAAGGUUUUCUCCUCAUCAUCUAAGUCCGCGUAGAAUUACUGCUCCUCCCGGUAUGAUGCAGAGGCGCACUCCACAGCCUCCUCAGGUUCAGCAAGGUGCAGGGACUUAUAUGAAAACCUAUCCUCCAAUAGCAAACACCUCUCUACAACCUAACAGCCUUCAUGUCCAAGGAUUUUAUGGCCAGCUCCAGACAUUUUGCCCUCCACAUUACAGUGACCCACAGAGAAACAUGCAUCAUGGCAGCAACUGCAGCAUGCCACCUCCAUUUGAAGAUUGCUUGCCUCAGGCUUGUGGGAACAAACCCGAUUUUGAUGCAUUUCACAGGGCUUUCACCGCACAGUCUGGCAUCACAGUUUAUGACUUCCCUGGAGGGUCAGCUGGUCUGUUUGGAGACUCACAAAGGAAUUGCUCAGAAGACACUAGCUUUCUCCAAAUCAAUGCAAUAGACCGAUGUCCGAGUCAGCUGUCAUCAGUUUACACCGAAGGAUGAGAAGAAAUUCUACCAUGCUAAUAUCCUGUUUACGUUGGGUGAUACGUACCACUUUUACACUUCAAGUCUUUUUGACCCAUUACCGAUCGAAAAAAGAGACAACGAAAAUGUAUGCAAAGGAAACAAUAUUUUACCUACAUAUCCAAGUGAAUUGAAUUUCAGAGUUGGAUUUUGAGUUAUGUUCUAAUUAAAGGGAAUGAGUAAAAAUAAACUGGACAGAACAAUACUUUUUUUUUUUUUAUAUAAUUGUAAGCAUUUAAAGGCACUGAAAGGAGAUCCUGUUUAUUCAAAAUACACAUGGAAUCAUAGGAAAACCCCACAUAUGCAGCAAAUGUUUAGCAAAACGAUGUCACCUCAACUGUUCCCGUGGUCUGAUUAGGUUCUCAUCCAGCAUAUGAAUAAAUCAAGAUGGCGGCAUGGAAAAAGCAAGCUCAUUCUGCAUAUGUAAAAUCCACACAUGGCUUCCAGCCUGAGAACAGCUGAAUUUCGGUACAUCUGUAUCACAAAGAAAGAAUGAUAGGAAUUCUAUAAAUUCUGCUGUGAAGGGCUCCCUCUUUAUGUCUACAAUCGUACUGUUUGAUAUAUUGCGAACAAAUAUGAUUGGUUUCUUGAGGCUUGAUGGGAUACAUAUAUACCGCCAAGUACAGUCAGUGGCAGUUGAAAUAGGCCAGGUGGUUGAUGUGUAAUGUGGCAUGCUUUAUAGCAUUCAGGUUUUGAUUAUUUUUGUGGUUGCAUGGACAUGCUUUUAAAGCUGAUAGCUAUGGCUUUAUAAUGUGAUAGGUCUUUCGUUUUAUUAUUAUAUCGUUAUGUGACAUUUGCUAGGAGAAUUCUCUAUGCACCUCUUG